AUGAGCCCUGAGAACCAGAUUGAAGCGACAGAGGCGAAGCCUAUCAAGAGCUACAGUGGGGAAGAGCGAGGUAGAAGUGGCGGCGGUGGACGUGGCGGCUUUGGUCGUGGCGGCUUUAGUCUUGGCAGCUCUGGCCGCGGCCGUAGCGAUGGUGGCUUUUGGGGUGGCGGUCACGUUCCUACCAAGCCAUGGACGGGCAACGUUGUUCCCGCCUCCCUCCGUUCCGGAGAAGAAGAAGAAGAGAAGGUCCAUUCACGCAGGAAGGGGUUUAAGAAGCUUUUCGACUGGUUCUAG